ACAUCUCAAACUUCUUCAUUUCUCUCCUUCUAUUUCCUUCAAAAUAUCGAGGUACCAUUACGAGCUCAAUAAUAAUAUAUACGUUCGUAUAAUGGCUAGCCUUCAAUCCGAUGAACAACUCAAACAACUCAAAGAAAUAUUCGGACGAUUCGAUCUUGAUCAUGAUGGAAGCCUCACACAACUAGAGUUAGCUGCGCUUCUUCGUGCCCUAGGGCUCAAACCAACGGGCGAUCAAAUCCAUACAUUAUUAGCAAAUAUGGAUAAUAAUGGCAACGGGUUCAUCGAAUUCGAUGAACUCGUAAACGCCAUAAUGCCUGAUAUGAAUGCAGAAAUUUUAAUAAAUCAAGAACAAUUAAUGGAGGUUUUUCGAUCGUUUGAUCGAGACGGUAACGGUUAUAUAACAGCUGCUGAGCUGGCCGGGUCAAUGGCUAAAAUGGGUCGCCCGUUAACGUAUAAAGAAUUAUCUGAUAUGAUGCAAGAAGCUGAUACUAAUGGUGAUGGUGUUAUAAGUUUUAAUGAGUUUGCUAAUAUUAUGGGAAGAUCUGCUGCUGAUGUUCUUGGAUUAACGGUUUCGUAAUCAAAAAUGGAUUCAAGAUUUGAACUUUACAGGUCGGGUUCUGACUAAUUUAUUAGGUUUGAAAUCUAUUAUAUGUAUGUAUUAUUUAACAUAGAAUUUAAGUCAAG